AUGGCGGCACCGAUCCUACCGUCUCUUUCCCGGGAACUGGAGACAUACGUGAUGCAUGGGAGCGUGUGGCACGAGCCGCUGCAAGGGCACACCCUAAAGCGGAAGGCGGCAGAAGAGGCCCGGAGAGGGGACGUCGACGUGCCAGAGAAUUCGGGAGAGGCGAAAAAGAAGGAGGAGAGCAACGCGGGUGCUAAGGCUCAUAAGAUGGUGGAGGUAGAGGCGCACCAGAAUGCAGAGGAUGCGGCCCAUCGGUUCGUCGAUGCAGAGGCGGGUACUUACGGCAGAGGACGGGGCGCCAAGGAAGCAGAGUCUGCGGCGCAGCAGAAGGUGGGUGCAGAGGCGGUCAAGGGUGCGGAGGCAGUCGCGCGUAAAGAAGCGGGUGCAGCAGCAGAGCUGACGUCGGAGGCAGUCGAGCUGAUGGUUGUGGAGGCAGUGGCGCAGAAGGAAUCAGAGGCAAUGGCGAGCCAGAAGGAUGAGGCAGCGGCGCAGCAGAAUGAUGAGGCAGACGCACAUAAGGAAUCAGCGGCAGCAGCGCAGCAGAAGGAUGAGGGUGCGGCGCCCAGGAUGGUUGAGGCAGAGGCGCAGAAGGAAUCAGAGGCAGCGGCGCAGCAGAAGGAGGAGGGUGCGGCGCCGAAGAUGGUUGAGGCAGAGGCGCAGAAGGCAUCAGAGGCAGCGGCGCUGCAGAAGGAGGAGGGUGCGGCGCCGAAGAUGGCGCAGAAGGCAUCAGAGGCAGCGGCGCUGCAGAAGGAGGAGGGUGCGGCGUCGAACAUGGUUGAGGCAGAGGCGCAGAAGGAAUCAGAGGCAGCGGCGAGGGAGAAGGAUAAGGCAGCGGCGCUGCAUAUGGAGGAGGCAGACGCACAUAAGGAAGGAGAGGCUCGGAAUAAGGCAGAAGCAGCGGCGCGGCAGAAGGUGGAGGCAGAGGAGCAGAAACAGGCUGCGGAAGAGGCACUACAACUGGCUCGGGCUGAAGCGCGGAAGAAGGCUAUUGUAGAGGCGCAGAAGAAGGCGGAGGGUGUUGCGCAGAAGAUGUCAGAGGCCGAGGAGCAGAAGCAGGCUCAGGCAGACGCACGAAGGAAGCCAGAUGGAGAGGACGGUUCAGAUGGGAAUAAAAUGGUACAGACAGAGGGACGGGAGACGGCGGGUGCUGAGGGGCACAUCAUCGCAGAGGAAGAGGGGCAGCAUAACGAGGAGGCAGCGUCGCAGGUAUUCGCAUACCGAGAGACGCAGAGCAUGGCAGAGACAGGGCGUCAAAAUACUAUGGAGGAGGUUCGUGUCGUCCCGGAGGCUGGAGUGGGGCACUACGAGGGAGAUGCGCUGGAAACAGAAGAGGAGCAGAAUGAGGAGGAUACGGUACAUCCGGCAGUACGGAUAUUUUUGGGAGGAAGUCCGACGCGGGGACCAGGAACCGGGGUAGAGGGGCCAUGGAGGGUGGCAGACGAUGGGGCGCCUAGGGAUACAGUGGGUCUCAACAGGCAGAGGCGGCCCACCCUUGGCCAGAGAGCAGUGGAGAGGAAUCUCGGCCAAGGCGGGUGGCAGAAGCGUUUUGGCAGCAGCAUCAGUCGCGACGUGGCCGAUCUGACCGUCCAUUACUGUCGCGACGCCCUGGCCAACCUGGAAGAAGUCCGCCAUGGAAACGAGGAACGGCGGCGCCAAGCUGAAACGGCGGCCAGGUUUCGCGAGGAGGUGGACACGAGACUCUCCAACUUGCAGGAGAGUAUCGUAAGGGUGAGUGAUCAGGUUCGCCAGUCGGGAGGGGGGAUGGCGGAGGGCACGUUAAAGGGGGUGGAAGAGAGGUUGAGAGAGGUUCUGAGAGAAGAGUCUGAGCGGCGGAACAGGGAUAGACUGCAGGACGAGGAGCGGAGGCAGAAGGCCAUGAGGAAGGAAGCAGACGCCGCAGAGAGACGGAAGAAGGAACAACAGCAGGAGGAAGCGCGUCGGCAGAAGGAGAUGAGAGAGGGAAUGAAGGAGAUGAAGGAGGCGAUGAUGAAGGAGAUGAAGGCAGAAAUGAAGGAGAUGAAGGAUGGGAUGGUAAACCAGAUUGUGGGGAGGUUGAGCGCGGUUUUGCGAGAAGAAUCCGAGCGGCAGAAGAAGGAGAGGCAAGUGGACGCGGAGCGGCGACAACAGCAGGACGCGAAGAGGAAACAAGUGGCGGACGACGAGGAGAGACGCAAGAGGAUACAACUGGACGAGCAAUGGCGGAAGGAGGAGGAGGUGAAGAGGAAGGACGUAGAGGCCACAGAGCGGCGGAGGAAGAACAAACAUCAGGAGGAAGAGCGACGGCAGAAGGAGGUGGAGGCGGGAAUGAAGGAAGUGAUGGAGGCUGUGAAGGAGAUGAAGACGGGGAUUACGGGGUGGAAGGAGGGGAUGAUAAGUGAGGUGGAAAAGCGGCUGUCAAUGGUUCUGAGAUUGGACGCAGAGCGGCGGCAAAAGGAGGAGCAGGGUAGGAAGGCAACGGAGGGAGAUCGGCGACAGAAGGAGGAUGCGCAGAGGAAGGAGGCAGAGGAAGCAGAGCGGGUGGAGAGGGAGAAACAGCAAGAGAUGGCGCUCCUGCAGAAGGAGGAGGCGCAGCGGAAAGAUGCGGAGGAGGCCGAGAGGCAGGAGAGGGAGAAACAGCAGGAGAUGGCGCGCCUGCAGGAGGAGGACAGGCAGAGGAAGGAGGCAGAGGAGGUAGAGCGGCGUCAGAGGGCGAAACAGCAGGAAUUGGACCGCCUGCAGAAGGAGGAGACGCAGAAGAAGGAGGCAGAGGAGGCCGAGCGGCAGCAGCGGGCGAAACAGCAGGAGAUGGAGCGCCUGCAGAAGGAGGAAGCGCAGAAGAAGGAGGUAGAGGAGGCCGAGCGGCAGCAGAGGGCGAAACAGCAGGAGAUGGAGCGCCUGCAGAAGGAGGAAGCGCAGAAGAAGGAGGCAGAGGAGGCCGAGCGGCAGCAGAGAGCGAAACAGCAGGAGAUGGAGCGCCUGCAGAAGGAGGAAGCGCAGAAGAAGGAGGCAGAGGAGGCCGAGCGGCAGCAGAGGGCGAAACAGCAGGAGAUGGAGCGCCUGCAGAAGGAGGAAGCGCAGAAGGAGGCAGAGGAGGCGGAGCGGCAGCAGAGGGCGAAACAGCAGGAGAUGGAGCGCCUGCAGAAGGAGGAAGCGCAGAAGAAGGAGGCAGAGGAGGCGGAGCGGCAGCAGAGGGCGAAACAGCAGGAGAUGGAGCGCCUGCAGAAGGCGGAGCAAUGCCGAGCAGAGAAGAGGGCCAGACUUGCAUCCUACGCGGAACAGCAGCGGCAACUGGAGGCAAAGGCAAAGGCGAUGGCUGAAGAGACGGAACGAUUGGCAAGGGAGAUGGAAGAGGAGGAUUUGACCAUGCAGGGGGAGGGGACCUGGACAGGAGUCAAGGAGGAUUUGACCAUGCAGGGGGAGGGGACCUGGACAGGAGUCGAGGAGGAAAUAGUUGAGGGGUUGGGGACUUUGCUGUUGAUUGAGAGCGGGGAGGCGAAUGUAGCAGAGGGCGUGCCUAGUGUUCCUGUACGGAAUGUAGAGGUGUCCAGGAGGCGGCCUAGACAAGAGGACAGGGAGCCGGAGGGUCAUGCGGCUAAGAGACGGCGUGCAGCUGGAAUACAGGAGUUGAUACCCAUAAUCCAAGGGGAAAAGAAAGGGAUGAAGAUCGACAAGUGUGACAACAGGAAAAACGCCGUAGUGGACGACAAGGGUAAGACUUUGGGUGUCUGCCUGCCGUUCAGGGGAAGCGGGUUCUCUCAACGGGGCGAGGGAGCUUUGCAGAAGUGGACGUCUGAGCAGACCGUCGGCGGCCGGAAGCGGAACCUCGGCUCUCACAAAACGGUGUGGGAGAGGGCAUACACGGUCGCAGUCUGCUGGAAGUUCUACUUCCCGGAUAUUGACAUGCAGGCAUACGGCAUGAAUCCAAACCGUAUAAACAAGUGGCGGGAAGACCUCGACUUCACAACGUGGCUUCCAACAGGGGUGUGGAGCGUCAUCAACGAACUCCACCUGGACAAACCGGACGGAUUCUCACUCGUUCAAACCAACACGGCUCUUCGGCAGCAGCAGGGGGAUGGCUUUCAGGUAGCUGCCUGCGCUGGUGUCGGAAUAACUGCGUGGCAGAAGAUGGUGGGAGGCGUGGAGGGUGAAAACGGCUAUUCGACGGAAGAACACGCAAUCGGACUUGCCGCCACGUUGUCUGUAAUGUGGGCCGCAUCCACGAAUGUGGACCAGACCCAGUGGGAGACGGGCGCAACAACAGCUGCACGUGGAACUUCUACGGCCAUAGCAUCUUCUGCUGCCAGAUCGUCCACUGCUGCCACCGCCUCGUCGGAUGCCUCGUCAUCUUCUGCGGCCGAUGUGCCCUCUGCCGUCCACAAUGCCCUUGCGACGCUUGCAGCCUCGGUUGCUUGCGUUGCGGUUGAGGCGAUGAGGUCGGUAAAGGAUCAGGAGCAUGACAAGGAAGCGUGGAUUCUGCCCCUGUCGGAUGCGCUGCUGAAAGCGCUUCCGGCAGAGUCGCGAGCGGCCGAGGAUGCGAAGCGGAUGACGAGGGUGGUGGCAAAGGUGGUGACCUCUUGGUGCCUAUGCAGCAUGGCAUCAAGAGGCCUUCGCCAGCACCAGGGCGUCUGGCUCGGAGUCCUGCAGAAGAAGUUGGGCGGCCGGGAUACCACAACAGGGGCGGAUAAGGAGAAGAAAACCAAGAAAUCGUCCGCGAAGGGGAACGCGACGAAGGAUGCGUCGACGGAGGAGAACACCGGCACUGGCGGCCAGGAUUGA